GAAAUUUUGUGACAAAACUACUGUAUUUGCCCACCAGCUGGUGUUUACAAAUCAAAUCAAACUUCCAUUUCAUUUUCCCUCCAAUUCAAGCUAAGCUCUGCCUCUUAGAAAAAACCUCUGAUCGAUCUUAAACCCUAACUUCCGGCAAAUCAAGACAGAAGUACUCAUAUCAUCGAGAAAUGUACUGAUCACUCCGGCGACCGAGGCAAGGACGAGAAACAAACAUACCCGUCUGAAAAGUUACAUACCACAUUCGGUACAUCUUAUCAAUCAUCAGAUGAUCGAUCGAAUGGCUGCAGAUUCUGGCCGUCGCAAAUACCUUGUGCAUUAUCUUUCAGGAAUCGUCUUCAAGAUCUUAGACCCAAUCGGCAGAGACCAUGACAACAUCCCCGUCUACAAAGUGGCCUGGUCAGCUGGUGAGCACAACUCCGGCGGCAGCGAUGGAAGGAAGCUCAUUGAGGACGAAUUCCUCUCCGUGAAGAGGGUGAACUAUAGCGACAGCGAAUCCGUAUUCCCCUUCGCGAAGCUGUAUGGGGAAAUCAUCAGGAAAAACAUGGCGGGAAUAGUAUUGCCUUGCCACCAUAAGUACUUGAUGCCGGUGAACAGCUAUUUCAUCGAGCAGGAGACGGAAGAUCUGUGCUUGGUGAUGCCCUUCUGCGAACUCGGGUCCCUGAGGUCGGCGAUGUCCGGCAGCAAGUUCCGCCACGGGUUGCCGGAAACCUGCAUCUCCGUCGCCCUGCGGUGCGUCUUGAAGGCCCUCAAAUUUCUCAACCGCUUCAGGCAUUUCCACAUGAAUGUCAACGCCGGCCACAUUUACCUGAAGAGCGGGCCGCGUAUCUUUCUGGGGUUUGCCGCCACGCUGUACGAGCAUGGGGUUUGCAACGCCGAGAGUUCAUCUCAUUCUUCCCUGCCCGUGACCCAGAUUUGUGAUUGGGCCGCCGCACCAGAGGUCUACAGCGUCCGCAACGAUGACGCGAGGUACCGCCACCGCUACACUGACAAGUCCGACGUUUGGCUGGUGGGAAUCACAGCCCUCGAAUUGGCUUACGGAUCGAUCAGAGUCCCCAAUCGGGAAGCGCUGGAGAAGAUGAUCAAGGAAAUCAUCCGGACCAAAACGCUUCCGAAGAAGCUCUUCUGCGGAGGAAUUGACGAUGACAGAGAAGAAGCCCAUGAGGAUAAGAGCGACAAGGGAAAGAGGAAGGUAGAGGAAGAAGGUAGAGGAAUGAGAAACAAUCCUCAUCAGCAGGUUGAUUCGGAGGAAAUUAGGGCAUCGUUUUCAAGGGAGUUUGGGGCGAUGGUGGCAGAUUGCUUCACGUGGGACCCUUGGGAUAGGCCCACUGCGAAUUCCCUUCUGAAUCAUGACUUCUUCGACAAGAACGGGCUUACGAGGUCGGCCUUGAAGUCGCACUUUCAAGACGUUUUGAUUCAAAUGGAGGAGGAUAUACUGAAGAAGAUGAAGAACCCAUCCCCCAGCCCUCUCCGUGUUGCUGCACCAGAUUUUAGUCAUAAUAAUAAUGAAGAUGAUGAGAAUGAUAAUAAUAAUAAGAGUUCUGAUAUCAAUAUGGGCUUCUCCAAUCUGGAUCCCCAGUCAACCCCUAGGUACGUAUGUGAACUGAUCUCUAACUGUACUAGUGUACUGUAAUGCAUUUUUGUCCACUGAUCUCUCUUCUUUUCCUGCUGAUAAUAGGAGCAUGCCUGAGUCUCAUAUCACAACCCCUCGCAAUCCCGACGGCCGCAGCUCCCCUGCACUGACUGAUGUCCCGUUGAAGCUGCGUUUCAAGAGGAAAUUAACAUAUGAGGAUGUUGAUCAAGAAACAAAAAAGGCAAAAAUCCAAGAGAAAGAUUCUGAAGAAACAAGCAGUGCCUCCCCCAUCAACCCCUGGAUGGAUAUAGAAGAUUAUUUCAAUGAUACUUACGCUUCUUCAUCACCAGUUCCUCCUCCGGAGUACCUGGUGCAUAAUAGUUCCAAGAUGGUGUUCCGGAUCAUGUCCAUGGAUCCAAUUGGAAUAUCUCCCCUCGGCAAACUUCCUGUGUACAGGGUAGCCUAUUCGGAAUGUGAUCUCAGCAGCUUCUACCACAGAAAGUUUCUCUACGACAAAUUCGCUUUAGCCAUAAUAGUGAACUCCCGUCGGAACCCGAUUGGUUACAAGCUGUUGGAGUACGAGUUGCAAACAAAAAACGAGGAGCUUCUGUAUCUAAAUGCGAACGUGAUGCAUGUGGAAGACUCUUUCGUGGACCGGGAAUCGCGGGAUUAUUGCAUCGUGAUGGGGCAUGGUGGCUGGGGCUCCCUCCGAUCAAUCAUGGCCAAACACUUCCCGAACGGCCUUCCAGAGUCAUUCAUUUCCCUGAUCCUGAGAUCAGUUCUUGGGGCGGUUUGUUUUCUACAUGAGGACAGCGCCAUCCACGGGGAUAUCAGUGCGGGCCAUGUUUAUGUGCAGAGCGGCCCCAAUAUCAAAAUGGGCUUUGGAGCCACUGUUUAUGAACAUGGGGUCUUUAAUUUGGAGUGCUCGUCAUCCUCGGCGUUGCCAGAGACCUACAUCUCUCGUUGGGCAGCUGCACCAGAGGUGUACAAUCAUGAGGGGAAGAACCACAGCAGCACUGAGGAGAGCGACGUUUGGCUGGUAGGAAUAACUGCGCUGGAAUUGGCUUAUGGAGGACUUAGAGUGCCCAACCGUGAAGCCCUUGAGGUGAUGGUCAGGGAGAUUCACGAGAAGAAAAGACUUCCCAAGAGGUAUCCCCCCAGCGGCCAAAGUUUGGAUCAGCAGCAGCAGCAGCUCACUCGUGAAGUGGAAGGCAAAGGAAAACAUAUAAUGAUAGAGGAAGAAGAUUAUGGUGAUGGCUCAUCAGAGGAAAGAUCAUUUUCCAGGGAAUUUGAGAAGAUAGUGGCAGAAUGUCUGGCUUGGAAGCCUUGGGAAAGGCCAACUGCUAGUACCCUUUUGAAUCAUGAAUUCUUUGUAGUGAAAGGGAUGGAUGCGCUUGAGCUGGAGUCACACUUUGAGGAUGUUUUGAUGGACAGACUCCGCAAGUGACUGAUAUGUAUGUAUAUAUGGAGUAUAUAAUAAACUCGUACAAGCUAAUAGUAUGGUCGGCAGUACAUAAUACUUGCUAUACAUACCCAGAAUCUCAGUUGUCUUCUCCCUACACAAUUCAUUAGUGUUUGUGCAGCCAUCCUGUAAAGUAGUUUCUGUUCUUACUUUCUUCAAUACAUAGAAUGCACAGUAAUCUUAAUUGUAGCCUUAUAGUAGUGUGCCACUAGAACCCCUACAAAUAGAGUCAGGCAGUGAGACAGUGGCCAGUGUUCUGUACACCGCCCUCAAUUCUUGCUCCAUAUAAAAUUCACUUUGU